UUACCUGCUCGUGUCUCAGAGAACUUCAUACUAUCUUAGUUUUGUUAGCCGACCCUGUUCCCUUUCUCUUUUUCUACCUCAGCAACAGAUACGAAGUCAGGGAAGACAGCCUUAGUUCUUUUCCCUAGAAACAAGCAUGAGAGUCCCUUAAACUCCCGCCGUUACUUAGUAAAUGAAAGAGAGAAGGAGGAAACUAUGAAAAACGGGGACAAGUCAGGUCGUCACUGUGGUUAUGAUAGCAAGGUGUAGUAACAGCAGCAGUGCUGGAUAUAUUGGCUUGCUGCUCAGUUGUUAGUUUAGCUUCUUUCUUCACUUGUAAAUCAGCCAUCAAAGAUAUAGGUUGUGUUUUAUUAAUAUUAUUAUUAUUUUAAGCACGAAGUAAUAAUUAGACGGCUGAUUUUAAAUUAUGGUUAUAAAACACUGAUAUAAUGAACAGUUUAACGAAACUUUUCAUGAGUGCCCUAUAGAGUUUUUAGUUCGGUUAGAACCUCAAUAUAAAACAGAGGGAAUGGACUGAAAAUAAGUUGGGGCUUUUCCCAUACCAUUUAAUACUAUCCUGAAGCUUUACAAGGAAAUCAUUUUUAUACAUUUCACGUGUGGUAAAAGAAAGAAAACAAAAACCAACAGAAAAAUAUGCUUUCCAUUAUUAAUUGUUAAAACGAUAUUUUAGUUCAAGGAAUUAACAUUAAGGAUUUCUGUAUAACAACCUGUAGCAGAGAGAACAGGAUUAGGCCAAACUUCUAACGUUUUAUUGGCCAAAACUUGGAAUACAUACAAAACUAUGAUAGUAUCUAACGAACACUAUUUGAGUCGUCAAUUAAAAUGUCCACCAGUCCCGUCUCCUCUCACCUGUAUCCCGCUACUAUGCUGUCGUCACCUGGACAUGUUACCGGCCAUCAGCAGCAGCAAUAUUUUCAGCAACAACAUCAACAGUAUUAUGUUGUCUCACGGCCUACAAACACUGUCAUACCACCACAAAGUCGGAAUAUAGCCGCGCCAUACAACUACAAACCUGUAGAUCAGGGCAGCAAGAAUAUGCUCCACCCCAAUUACUCUCACCCACUCCUGUAUGAGCUGCCACAUGGUGGAGUGGAUAUGACAUUUGGAGAACUACAAGAGAUUUCUGCUCAUCAGCAGAGAGAGCUGGAGGCACAACAAAAAAUCUUGCUAACCAAAGAGCAGCGCUUGAAGUACUUACGGAAUCAAGAUGCUCAACACCAACAAACGAUUGCCGAGAAUGACCAGCUUCGGAAACUUCGUGAGAGGGUUGAAUCCCAAGAAUUGAAACUGAAGAAAUUAAAAGCUCUGAAAGGUCAAGCUGAACAACAGAAGCUGAACAAUGGCAAUCUAAAUUCUGAACUGGAAUCCAUAAAAAUUCUAUUCACUGAGAAAGAAAAAGAAUUAGCUUUGGCUGUGGCCAAGGUGGAGCAGUUAACAAAACAGCUUGAGCAGAUACGAAUUGGGGCAUUUACAAUAAAUGGUAAGAUCAAUCCAGAUCACCCCAACGCCAUGGCUGCCAUUGAACUGGACAAACUACGGAAGAAAUUGGCGCUGCACAAUAAACUGAAUGAACAACAAAGCAUCAAGAUGAACAACCAGCAAGAUUUGUUAAUGAAAAAGAGGCGUGAUGUGAGUCAGAUGGAUAAACGGAUAGCAGAACUUCAGUUGAGAUUGAAGAAACGUUUAGCACAACAAUUGCAGCAGCAGCAUCAGAAAUCUAACAAUGCUGGGCAGCAAAACAAGGUUCGACCGGCCAGUAACGUGGCUGCAGUUGAACCGUACCAUCACGCUCCUCGCCAUCAAAAUAUAUCAGUUGAUGAAACGCAUUCUGAUCUGGCAUUCAGCAAGGAGAAACCGAAAUAUCAAUCAUUGCCUAAUAAUAUAUAUAACAACCAAGAGAAUAUAGCCAUCAAUGAAACACCUGUUCCUGGUUUCAAAAAAACAAAACCUGAUGAUGUUAUUGAAGACUAUCAAAUCCCUUUGGUUGUGUCAGUUGAUAAAUUUCCAACCAAUGAUGGAAAUAACAGCAACUCUUCCCAGUAUCCUACUAAAACAAAACAGAUAAGUCCUUCAGUGAAUAAUGAUACUCCUCCUAAAUUCCCAUCAAAUCGGCUAUCCGCAAAUAUUUCUAACUUUCUUCCAAAACCAUUUGGAAGUACAUACAGUACAUCAAUGUUGUCUGGCCGAGGAAGCAACUCGUCACAAAGCAAUGUCAUCCCAGAUGAAGUGCGGCAAGAUGGCAGUGGUCAAAGUUCACCUGCUACUAGUGAAACCUCUCAGAACGGUAUUAUGGUUCAGAAUUUAAGUAACUUUGUGCCUUCUACUAAAAGCAACAGCCCGCAGUUUACCCAAGCAGAUACUACUAUUCCAUCCAAGCAAUUCCACUAUAGUUCUCCAGAAUCAAACAAUUGUGACACAACUGAUAGUGUACAGAAAAAACUAAAUAAUAAUUUACCAGUUACAUCAGUUAAUGGCUCUACGUAUAAUGGUUCUGUAGAUUAUAAAAAAUCUUUCAAUUUACUUCAAAGUGAAACUUAUGAUGAUAUGAAAGAAAGCAAGCCAAAUGCACAAAUAUCACCUACAAUAACUAAUGAUAAGCCAACUUUGAUGACAUCCACCUCUAAAAAUAUUACAUCUGAUUCUGGCCUUACUCAUUCUGUGAAUACAGCAUCAAGUAAACCUCAGUAUGCUUCCAAUAGUGUUAUUGAGAAUACCUACAUGACACGACCCACUUUGCCUGAGAAUCAUUAUGUGGCUUCUCUUCACCAUGCAGAAAGUACACAUCUGAAUGGUAAUCAGGGAGGUCAGGUUUCACAAACUGACCAUACAUCAUCUGGUUUCCAAAACAAAGUAAAAUCUAUUUCUCCUUUGAUUCCUUCAACACCAACACAUCGAGAUCUGGCAUCUGAUAAAGGGAGUUUCAAAGCAAAUACUCCAAAGAAUAUGCGAAGAAAACAUUCUGAGUUUGAGCAUGAGGAGUAUGUGAAGACUUUGAAAAAAACAGCUGAUUCCAGUCGGUCGGUGUCCACUAGUUCCAUUUCGGCAGUUUCGCAAUACAAACCUGAUACUAGUGAUUACACCUCGUCUAAUGAUAACCGACAUUGGCAGAUAAAUGGUGAAAACAUUCCGGAAAGUGUAAAUCAAACUUCCUCCUCCAAUUCUUCUGGAGUUAGCAAUGGAAACCAACAAAAUAGUAGCAACAAUAAUACCAAAAGCAACAAGUUGAAAGGACCAACAACUAAAAACCUGCCCAAGAAGUCUCUUUUAAAGACCAAUGGUUCCAAAAGCCACUCAAGAAGAGUAUGUUUCGAUCCUCUUGCUCUUUUGUUAGAUGCAUCACUAGAAGGAGAACUUGGACUUGUUAUGGAAACGGCACAUCGUGUAUCAAAUGCCAGUGCAUCUAACGAGGAAGGUAUCACUCCUCUGCACAAUGCCAUAUGUGCAGGACACCAUGAUAUUGUGAAGUUUUUGGUUGAGUUUGGCUGUGAUGUUAAUGCCCCUGACAGCGAUGGAUGGACGCCUCUCCAUUGUGCUGCAUCUUGUAACAAUUUAUACAUGGUGCAGUUAUUAGUGAACCAUGGUGCCUGUAUAUUUGCAACAACACUCAGUGACCAUGAGACUGCUGCCAAGAAAUGUGAGGAAGGUGAAGCUGGUUAUGAGAUAUGCUCUGAUUAUCUUUACAGUGUGCAAGAAAAACUUGGAAUUGUCAAUAAUGGUAAAGUGUUUACAAUAUUUUCGUAUGAAGCCCAGAAUUCUGAUGAACUCACCUUCAAGAUAGGUGAAGAGAUAACUGUCCUACGCAAGGGAGAUGAGAAUGAGAAAGAAUGGUGGUGGUCUCGUAUUAAAAAUCGUGAAGGCUAUGUUGCUAGAAACAUGAUAGGAUUACAACCAAGGAUACUGGCAGAGGAAAGCCGUUGGUCAAACAGCUAACAGAGUUAGCCAGCCAAAGUUGUUUUGUUACACUUUAGUUUAUACUCACUGUAGUCAUCUUAAUCUUGAUCUGAUACAUGCUCAUCCCUGUUAUCAUCAUCAUCAUCAUCAUCAUCACUCAUUGGUAAUAGAAUACUUGUGUUUCUGUAAAUAUUCGAUUAGUUUGGCUACAGUUGAGUUGGUUUACAGACACAUUUGAACAAUAACAAAGCACAACAGAACUGUCUCUGAUUACUUACUCCAAUGACAGUGAUCAAUCAAACCACAUUCAUUUGUUAUCCCACAUUCAACCAUCUCAUUAAGAAAUCAU